UUUUCUACAAAUGAUAAUUGCUAAGCAAUUUUGAGCUGGGAACUGGUUUUUCUUAAGCGGGGCGAAUUAAUUUUAUGUGAUAUUCGGUAAACUGUUAAGUAAAUACAUAGCGGUAUAAUCACGAGUUGCGCCUGAAUAAUAUUGGAUGUAGUGGCCUUCUACAUAUUUUUUAGUUUGAAGUUAAUUCAUCAUGCCUCAAAAUGAGUACAUGGAACGGCAUUUUAAGCUGUACGGUCGGCGAUUAGAUUAUGAAGAACGUAAACGUAAGAAAGAAGCUCGCUUGCCAAAGGAAAGGGCACGCAAAGCCCGUAAACUUCGUGGUAUCAAAGCUAAAAUAUUUAACAAAGAGAGAAGAAAUGAGAAAAUUCAAAUUACAAAGGAGAUAAAAGCGCAUCAGGAGAAAAAAUGCAAGAAACAAGAAGAAAGUGUUCAAGAAGGGGCAGUUCCGCAUUAUUUAUUGGAUAGAGGUCAACAAGCUAAUGCUAAGGUCCUGUCCAAUAUGAUAAAGCAGAAACGGAAAGAAAAGGCCGGUAAAUGGGAUGUUCCACUACCAAAAGUGCGAGCUCAUUCCGAUGCCGAAGUAUUCAGAGAAGUUAGAACUGGAAAAACUAAACGUAAGGCUUGGAAGCGAAUGGUGACUAAAGUGACAUACGUUGGUGAAAACUAUACAAGAAAACCUCCAAAAUUCGAAAGGUUCAUAAGACCCAUGGGUCUCAGAAUGAACAAGGCUCAUGUUACCCACCCAGAACUUAAAACUACAUUUUUUCUUUCCAUAAUUGGUGUUAAAAAGAAUCCUAGUUCUACGAUGUUAACUUCAUUAGGGGUAAUUACAAAGGGAACUGUGAUCGAAGUAAACAUUUCUGAUCUGGGACUUGUUACGCAAACUGGAAAAAUUGUCUGGGGCAAAUAUGCUCAAGUAACUAACAACCCCGAAAAUGAUGGUGUUAUAAAUGCAGUUUUGCUUAUUUAAAUGGAACAGCAUACAAUAGCCUAAGACUUCUUUCUGUUAACUUUGAAAUAAAUGGGAUAAAUGAAAUGCAUUUAAUUUUAACUUGCA